GGGCCGGGGGAGAGGCAGGCGUUCGGCCCGGGAGCCCGCAACAAAGCGGACGCCUGGGCGGGUCUGCCGGCGGGGGGCUCCGGGCUUAGGCGCUGGGCAGUGUAGGACCCGGGAUUGGACGAGAGGCAGACCGAAGGCGGAGCCGAGGGCGGCGAGCGGGCGAUGGAGCGCACCGAGGAGCCUUGGGACCCUGAUCUCCGCGACCCGGAGGAGGAGGAGGAGGAGGAAGAUGGGGAGCAGCUGAGGGGCGCCCGCACAGGUCUGGAGAGUGAGAACGUGGUGGUCUGUCAGCCGGAUGAAUUUGAACAGACUUCCCAGGAUGAGGACUUGGAAUUCAAGGAAGAGGAGGAGCUAGGCCCGGGCCACGAAGUGGGAAGUGCCGCUCUGAAACCCGAAGGCAUCGAGAGCUGGGAUGACUUGUGGGUCCAGAGAGAGGGGCUGGGAAAGCCUCAGGCUCGGGACCGAGGCCUCCGGAUGCUGGGCGAACCCCGCUGGGGCCAGACCAGCGGGGAUCGGGCUGCGGUGUGCGGCGAGUGUGGCAAGAGCUUCCGGCAGAUGUCCGAUCUGGUGAAGCACCAGCGGACGCACACCGGGGAGAAGCCCUACAAGUGCGGGGUGUGCGGCAAGGGCUUCGGAGACAGCUCGGCCCGCAUCAAACACCAGCGAACUCACAGCGGUGAGAAGCCCUACAGAGCCCGGCCACAGGCCCAGGGUCCCCCAAAGAUUGCUCGGCCCCGGAUCCCCGCCGGCGAGCGCCCCACCAUCUGCGGUGAGUGUGGCAAGAGCUUCCGGCAGAGUUCGGACCUGGUUAAGCACCAGAGGACACACACAGGCGAGAAGCCCUACAAGUGCGGCAUCUGUGGCAAGGGCUUCGGCGACAGUUCCGCCCGCAUAAAGCACCAGCGGACACACCGCGGGGAGCAGCCCCCCCGGCCUGUGGUCCCCCGCCGGCAGCCCUCGCGGGCGGCCCCGGCAGCCACCCCGGGAUCGAAGGCCCAGGACAAACCAUACAUCUGCACCGAUUGUGGCAAACGGUUCGUGCUCAGCUGUAGCCUCCUGAGCCACCAGCGCAGCCACCUGGGGCCCAAGCCCUUCGCCUGCGACGUGUGCGGGAAGGAGUUUGCCCGCGGCUCCGACCUGGUGAAGCACCUGCGGGUGCACACGGGCGAGAAGCCUUACCUGUGCCCCGAGUGCGGCAAGGGCUUCGCCGACAGCUCGGCUCGGGUCAAGCACCUGCGCACCCACAGCGGCGAGAGGCCGCACGCCUGCCCAGAGUGCGAUCGCACCUUCAGCCUCAGCUCCACGCUGCUGCGUCACCGCCUCACGCACAUGGAGCCUCAGGACUUCAGCUUCCAAGGCUACCCCUUGGCCGCCCUGAUCCCCAGCCCGCCCCCACCUGCUCUUGCCACCAGCCCGCUGCUGACGCCCCGCAGCCCCUCGCACUCAGGGGAGGGGCCUUUUGGCCUGCCGGGCCUGGAGCCGGAGCCUGGGGACCCGCAGCCCGGGGAGCCGCCGCCGCCACUGGCGGGCGACAAGCCCCACAAGUGUCCCGAGUGUGGCAAGGGCUUUCGUCGGAGCUCCGACCUGGUGAAACACCACCGCGUGCACACGGGGGAGAAGCCUUACCUGUGUCCCGAAUGCGGCAAGGGUUUUGCUGACAGCUCGGCUCGAGUCAAGCACCUGCGCACCCACCGCGGCGAACGCGCCCGGCCGCUACCGACGCCGCCCACUCUCCUGCGGCUGCAUAACCCACCUGGCCUCCUGGCGCCGCCAGCCCCUCGUUCCCGGGUCCGGGCCCAGACCUCUGGACCCAGCCAGCCCCACGUGUGCAGCUUCUGUGGGAAGGAAUUCCCGCGGAGCUCAGAUCUGGUGAAACACAGGCGCACCCACACCGGGGAGAAGCCAUACAAGUGCGCCGAGUGCGGCAAGGGCUUCGGAGACAGCUCGGCCCGCAUCAAGCACCAGCGCGGGCACCUGGUCCUGAGGCCCUUCGGCAUAGGGGACGUUCGGGCGAGGCCCCUCAAGGAGGAGCCGCCCACAGAACUGGAGUGACCGGGAAGACCAAAGGGAGCGCCGUCUGCUGCCUAGGCGCAGCAGAGGGCCUGGGAGGUGGUGGGAGGGAGGAGGAGGGGGAGGCAUGGGAGACAGGAGCGACUAGGUAGAAAUCGAGACUGGACAGCGUAACCUUGAAGCUCAGGAAUCGGUCCUGGCUGGGCUCAGUCAGGACCUCGCCAGUGUGGGCUGUGCCGCAGCUUCUAGAGGGCCGCCUGGCUCAGUUGGCACUCAGUAAACACUCGCCUGGGGACGCCAGACCCUGAGUUCCUGCUGCCUCUUACCUGUCCAGAACUGACUUCUCUCCGGGAGACCAAAACCCUGAAGUAGGCUCUGUGCGACCUCAGGGCUGUAACGAUGGGACUGGAGGAACCUGGGGAGCCGCAGUCGGGCAGGGACGCCUUGAUCUUCCUGGUGGCGGGGGAAGCUGUGUGGCCCAGGCGGUACCCACCCCUGACCCAGGGGCCACGGGAUCUGGUCUUGACCAGGAAGCGCACCCUUGGGACAGGGCUCAGGCCUGAGUGACCUGGAGGAGCCUCAGCCCACCCUGGCUUCUGGACCGUGACAGCAGGCACGGCGUUCCUGGCACCCGGUGCCGGGCCAAGCACAGAUCUUUGUGGGCAACAGCAGGGAUCAGCUGGCCGGAAGAGGGAGUGCGGAGCGGGGCAGCUCCAAGGUCCGCAGACAUGUUUUCAUUGUCUCCUUGCCAAUAAACUGCUUCUUGUCUGAGGGCUGGAUGUGUGUGUGUGCGUGUGUGCACAGGGGCACCUCAGUAAGUUCAUGGACAAUGGUGCAAAGUUUUGGAACCCAUAGGUUUGUGUGUGUGGGAGGCGCAUUUUCAUGAAUUUUUUGAAGACCCUCCUUUGCGCGGAUCUCAAGAAUUUUGCACACCAAAACGUCUUAAUUGCAACUUCCCCACGAAGGUUUUGAAGCAACCCCGCACACAUCCAUGGCAAGAGUC